AUUUUACAAUAUAUUUAAAAUAUAAGACAAAAAUGGUGGAAGCGGGACCUACACUUUUAAAAGUGGAAUGCUCAGAUUACGAAGUGGAAUUGAACUGUUCCGACCGACUUUUAGAAAGUGGCGUUCAGACGACAUGUUGCGAGGAAUAUUCAGAAGUAACAAAACAUGCCUCUCCUCAUGUAUCAUUGAGGGCAUGGUAUAAAUGCUGUGAUUCGUUGGUGAAUAGCGGAUUAGCGCCGUCAAAAACCCCAGACUGGGAAAAUAGUUCAUACCAAGCAUAUAUAAUGGGGGUAGCUGUAUUCGGUAUUUUAAUUUGUCUUUUUGUGAGUGGUGCCAGAUCUGUGCGACGACGAAGAACGCUGAUGCGAUUACAACAAAGACAAGAAGACCUGUUGUUUUCAGCACAAGCUGCGGAAGCGGGAGCUCUGGGAAAUCAAGGACCCGAUUUUUGUACUCAAGUCAGUUUAGGGCCUCCCACGUAUGGAGAACUGGAGUCUAAAGGUCUAACAAAAGACUAUAAAUUGGGAGCAUUUGACCCACCACCGUAUCCUGGAAUCGAAGAAGAAUCUUUACAAUACGUCCCUUCGUCGAGGGAACCCUCCGAAAGUGAGGCCGCACCGCCUUUAGAAAACGAGAGUGACAAAAAUAGCGAAAACAGUAUUCAACGACCAGAACCCAACGAGAUGACAGAAAACCAUCAAGAAUUAUCGCAUAAUCUCGACGGUAGACAUGGUGAACAAGGGCAACGUCCAUGAUCACCAUAAACGUCCAUUUGAAAUACGAUGAUCGACGAAACGACUGGAGGCACGCGGCUCGGUGGCGCACUGUUUUCAGAUGAACAUAACUCUAUAGGAUGGAAAUGCUUUUACUCCAGCUCUUCAAAACCAUCAUAGCCUUGAAUGAAAUGGACGCCUGUAUCGAGACACAUAUCGAGCGAGGGCGUUAGCAAACAAUCCAUAAAAAAAAUUCAGUGAUUCGGGUUGCAUGAACAACAGGAAAUAAUUACGACCGUAAUAUUAGCAGAAAUAUUACUAAACCUUACGAGAAAUCCUAAUUCCAUGCUGACGCUGUUUGUCUGCUUCGGGAUAAUAGUCAACCGUUUUAUUUUAAUCGAAAAUAUUUAAUGCUAUCGCAAAUUUACUAUGUAGUAUUAGCCACGCCGGUGGCUAAUAAAAGCUAACACAGAGCAACAUUGCUUCGUAAUGUAUGAGGUCGUUAGACUAGUCUUGUUUUGUUCAAGAAAUUGAUAUUGCAGUUCAUUUUAAUGUGGAUAAUAAAUAAGUCUUGUUAAUUAAUAAUUUCAAGAAAAUAUUGCAAGCGUUUGGGUGUAGAUGUACAUAUCGACAUUAUAAAAGUUAUUUCUGCAUAUUAUUAAUACGAAUACUGAUAAUUUUUAUGUGUAAUCUAAUCGAAAGUAAAUUAUAAUAUUUAACUUUACUUAACGAAAAUGUGUUUACUAUUUUUGCACAUAGUUCAACUCAAAUAGAUCGUCGAAUGAGCUGAAAUUUCAAAACGGUUGUUUCCUAUGCUGGACUGUUACGAAAUCUAUUUCAAUAAAGAUGUCAUCGGGGAUAAUUACUGUUGUAUGAUGAUAACUAUGAAGAUUUGUUGCACUAACAUUACCUAUUAUUUCAUUAUUGAUGUAGGCUUUUUACCGCGUAGUGCCUUUUUAUGUUAAUUAGCUUGCCAGUAAAAUUUGUCGUUGAAAAUAUAAUAGCAAGCGUCGUUUUCUGUUAA